CCUAAUUAAGCUAAUUAGAUCCUCUGUGUCUUGCUAGCUCCUGUAUGUUGGCAGUUCAGGCUGUGAAUCAAACUACACCGGCGUGCCGAGCAAAAGCAGAGAGAUGUUUUGUUGUCUAAAUAUACUGCCAGUCCCGCUGCAGGUCUGCAUGGGAAUGUGCCAGGAUGUCACAGAAGAGGGUAAACGGGCUAAGGUCCAGAGCUCUAAAAUAGAGCAAGACAUUGGUGAACAUGCCAGGACUGAGAUGAAUGUGGUGAGAAUCCUCAUGCUUGGAGCUGCAGAGAGUGGAAAGAGCACCCUGAUCAAACAGAUUAAGAUAAUCCACAGUCACGGCUUCUCCAAACAGGAGCUCAUAAUUUUCAAGCCUGCAGUACUAGACAACCUGCUGACCUCUAUAAAGUUUGUUCUUCAUGGAAUGGGGAUGCUGAGGAUUAACCUCGCUAACGAGAAGAACAAGAUGCACGCCCGCUCCAUCCUGUCCUGCAGUCAGAGUUUGGGGCACGACGACGAGCUGCUUCCUUUUGUAGCUCAUGCCGCCUGUGAGCUUUGGGCUGACCAAGGGGUGCGUGCAGCUACAGCCAGAGGUUACGAGUUUGAGCUGAAUGACUCUGCACUCUAUUUCUUUGAGAACAUGAGUCGUAUCAUCGCUCCCCAAUACGUUCCCACGGAGACGGAUGUUCUGAGAGUGAGAGUGAGGACCUGUGGAAUCAUUGAGACUCAGUUUCAACUUAAUGAAAUGAUCUUUCGAUUGUAUGAUGUCGGGGGCCAGCGGAGUGAGAGGAGGAAGUGGCUCGGCUGCUUUGACAGUAUUCAAGCUGUGGUGUUUGUCGUGGCCCUCAGCAGCUAUGAUAUGACACAGACCGAGGAUCCUUCAGGGAAUCGGCUGCAGGAGAGUCUUGAACUGUUUUCAUCCAUCUGCACCAACACAGUCUUUAGGAGCACGUCACUGAUUCUGUUUAUGAACAAAACCGACCUUUUCCGGGACAAGAUCCUGCACUCUGGAAGGCACUUGAGACUAUACCUUUCUAGUUACAAAGGAGCAGAUGGUGACGUAGAUGCUGCAGCCCACCACAUCACUGCCCUGUUCUCCUCAUGUAACAGCAGUCCUGACAAACCUGUGUACCAUCACUUCACCACUGCCACAGACACCACUAACGUCCAGCUGGUCUUCCACAUGGUCAUAGAUCAGGUCAUGAAGGUGAAUCUAGCAGCUGUCCAGAUGCUGUAAAAGUCUCCUGAAGGCUGUUUAGAUUGUGUUUAAUCAUUCAGCGCAGGAAUUUUAAUGUUUUUUAAAUAACUUAUGUAAGCAGCUAACAGUUUAGAUAAUAAUUUAUUUUUAAAACCUUUUUAAAUAAAAAAUAUUUAUUGAUA